AUGGGCAUGGACUCGAAGGUCGAUGUUGUGCAAGCGAGGGGGCAUGCGGGACAUGCGCAUCACCACCACCAUGACAACACGUACUUGACGAGCUCGAACAAGAAAGACCCGGGUGUGCGGAUUACGAGGAUCGGGCUGUAUGUGAACCUUGGAAUGGCGAUUGGGAAGGGGGUUGGAGGAUACGUGUUCAAUUCGCAGGCCUUGACGGCCGAUGCUCUUCACGCGCUCACAGAUCUUGUGUCUGAUAUCACGACCCUCGCGACGAUCUCUUACUCCCUCCGACGUCCUACGUCUCGGUUUCCCAUGGGCUACGGCAAGAUUGAAUCACUAGGCGCCCUUGGUGUAUCGGGUCUCCUUCUGUCAGGUGGACUCAUGAUCGGGUUGCAGUCAAUCAUGGCGCUGGCACAACAGUUUUUUCCGGAGCUGGCGCAUACACUAUCGCAUGUCGGAAUAUUCGAGCAUGCGCACAGUCACGGACACAGCCAUGGUGCGACAGACCUAGGUCCAAACAUCAACGCAGCAUGGCUUGCAGCUGGAAGCAUCGUGGUCAAAGAGUGGUUGUACAGAGCGACGAUGAAAGUUGCAAAGCAGAAGCGGAGCAGUGUCCUCGCUUCCAACGCAUAUCACCACCGGGUCGACUCGCUGACGGCAUUCGUGGCGUUGGUGACGAUCUGCGCCAGUCGCUUCCUUUCGAAUGCUGCUUGGCUGGAUCCAGUGGGAGGUUUGGCGAUCUCCGGCAUGAUCGUGCAAGCUGGAUGGACGAAUACGAAAACAGCGCUGUUCGAGCUGUCAGACGUCAGCAUCGACCAGGAGAUCGUGGGCAAGGUCGAGAAAGCCGCAAACCAGGCUUUGCAAGAGCAGAGCUUGAGCGACGUGGUGAUCCGUGGUGUUCAGGGCGUUAAAAGCGGGCAGAACGUCAUGACUGAGAUUGAGGUAGGCGCGCCGAGUAGCUGGACAGUCGGGAAGACGGAAGAGGUGGAGGCGAUGAUACGGGAGAAGGUCGGAGCAGAGGUCAGAGGGGUGAGGAGGGUGGUGGUGCGCUUUAGCAGCGCCGAGAAGGAGGAGCCGGCGUUUGCGCGGGAGUUUGUCGCGAGGCGAGGGAGUGAGAGUGAGGUGGAGGAUGGUGCGCAUGAGCAUGAUCACGAUCAUCACGACCACGAUCAUAAGCAUGCGAACGGAAGCACGAGCUCAUCGAGCGUAGACGGCAACGCCCAUAAGCGACGAUAA